CUGCAUUUAUACAAAAACAAUAUUAAUUUCCGCAUAGAGUGGAGUUAGAGCCUACAAAAAGACGCCAUUUCUAUCUCUAUAGUGUUGUAUUAACUAGGCUCUAUCCUGUGUGUAUGAAUCAGUGAUGAGUCGCUCACUCCCUAUGAUAUAUCCCUACGGGCAGGGCCGUUAUUGGCAGGCCUUAGGGGGCCUGGCCCGACCUACUGUACCUCCUUGCCCGUCCAAAUAAAAUACUGAUCAUUUACAGUGCCUUCGGAAAGUAAUCAGACCCCUUGAAUUUUCCCACAUUUUGUUACAGCCUUAUUAAAAAAUGUCAUCAAUUGUUUCUCCCUCCCACCCCCCUCAAUCUACACACAAUACCCCAUAAUGGCAAAAGAGAGAAAAAAAACAGGGUUAGAAUUUUUGGCUAAUUUUAAUUUAAAGAAACUGAUAUCACAUUUACAUAAUUAUUCCGACCUUUUACUCAGUACUUUGUUUGAAGCGCUUUUGGCAGCGAUUAUAGCAUCGAGUCUUUUUGGGAAUGCUUUGUCAAGUUGGAUGGGGAGCAUUACUGCACAUCUAUUUUUAGUUCUCUCCAGAGAUGAGUUCCAUUCCGGGCUCUGGUUGGGCCACUCAAGGACAUUCAGACUUGUCUCGAAGCCACUCCGGCGUUGUCUUGGCUGUGUGCUUAGGGUCAUUGUUCUGUUGGAAGGUGAACCUUCGCCCCAGUCUGAGGUCCUGAGCAGGUUUUCAUCAAGGAGCUCUGUACUUCGCUCAGUUCAUCUUUGCCUCCAUCCUGACUAGUCUCCCAGUCCUUGCCACUGAAAAACAUCCCCACAGCAUGAUGCUGCCACCACCAUGCUUCACCGUAGGGAUGGUGCCAGUUUUCCUCCAGACGUGAUGCUUGGCAUUCAGGCCAAAAAGUUGGUUUCAUCAGACCAGAGAAUCUUGUUUCUUUAGGUGUCUUUCCGCAAAUUCCAAGCAGGCUGUCAUGUGCCUUUUACUGAGUGGGUGCCGUCUGGCCACUCUACCAUAAAGGCCUGAUUGGUGGAGUGCUGCAAAGAUGGUUGUCCUUCUGGAAGGUUCUCCCAUCUCCACAGAGGAACUCUAGAGCAGACUGUGACCAUCCGGUAAUUGGUCACCAGAGUCUUGGUGGUUCCUGCUGUGUACCUUUCCAAAUCGUGUCCAAUGAAUUGAAUUUACCACAGGUGGACUCCGAGUUGUAGAAACAUCUCAAGGAGGAUCAUUGGAAACAGGAUGCACCGGAGGUCAAUUUCGAAUCUCAUAGCAAAGGGUCUGAAUACUUAUGUAAAUAAAGUAUUUGUUCUUUAUUUUUUAUAGAAUUUGCAAAAAUGUCUAAACCUGUUUAUGCUUUGUCAUUAUAUGGUAUUGUGUACAGAUUGAAGACUUAUUUAAUACAUUUUUGAAGAAUAAGGCUGUAACGUAACAAUGUGGAAAAAGUCAAGGGCUCUGAAUCCUUUCUGAAUGCACUGUAUGUACCCAGGAAACAGCCACCUUAUGUCCAGGGCCAGCUCCUUGUUGACCUCUUGGUAAGCCAGUCCAAGUGGAUUAUUAUUUGUUCAGAUGAUGACGAAACAUAAAUAUGUAGAAAAAUACAAAAGGGCAUGCCCACACUAAAGACACAAAAAAAAAAAGGCCCAAACAAAACCAACAGCUAUUCCAGCUGGGACACUGACUGAUGAUCACCCUAAUUGGCAGCAGCUGAUGUGCUUAUAAAGGCUAAGCUCAGCACCUAGAUCCGGUUGCUCCCAUCUGGGGAGAGUGUGGAAGUGUAUCCUGGAUAGAGUCAACACGAUCAUCAAAAACUCAUAUUCACCACUAUCUACUUUCUUGAAUUUUCGUAACUUUUAUAUUUCCCCCUCCCUAUUUCUUUUCCAUAAAACGUCCUUAACUGAAGAGACAAAAUAUGGACACUAAGCACUAGUGAUGUUACUUUUGAUACUGGAGCUCCAAGGCAUGCAUCAAAACAUUGAAGUAGUGUGGCGAUCACUUUAUCAGAAGUAUGUUUUUAUUUUACAUAUCUUAAUUUUAAUGUAACCUUUGUUUACCUAGGCAAGUCAAUUAAGAACAUAUUCUUAUUUACAAUGACGGCCUACAUCGGCCAAACCCGGACAACGCUGGGCCAAUUGUGAGCCGUCCUAUGGAACUCCCAAUCAAGCCCGGUUGUGAUACAGCCAGGAUUUGAACCAGGGUGUCUGUAGUGACGCUUCUAGCACUGCGAUACAGUGCCUUAGACCACUGCGCCACUCGGGAGCCCCCAAUGAUGUCCGAAGCUUUGUUUGAUCACGUGCUUUUUCAAAUCGUGCGAGAUCCCACUGGUUCUGGUGCUUUCUUCGAUUCCAAGCUGCUUUCAAACACCGACCUCUACUGGACACCGUACUUACAAAUAUGUGACUCACCACCUGGAUUCGGUCUUAAAUACACUGCAUUUGAGGAACAAUGGGAAAGAUAUUCUGCUUUGAAAGUUGAUAAACUUGUAAAAUCACUUUUGAGAAAAUGGCAAUUUAGUGUUUCGGUGCGAGAGAACUUUGUCUACACCCGUUCAACAUCGUUCACACCCUCUUAAGCUUUAGCCCCACCCAUCUCCUUGCAUUCAGAGCACACACUUGACGCUCUGGCCGAUGAUUUGUUUACCUCUGGAUAACAUGAAAACAGCUCUGCUGGCAACAAUUUAAUUGUUUUUUUGCAGACUUUUACUGACACCGGCCAUAUUCAACAGGUGUUGUACACUUUAGCUUAAGACAUGUAGCUAGCUACCUAGAUAAACAAUUAACCUAGCUAGGUAAACAACAUGUAAGAUCACACACAUCACGUCACGCCACCUAACGUUAGCUAGGGAGCCAGCCAGCUAACGCUAGCUAACAGUAUACUUUAGCUUGAAAUGAAACCACUUUCCACUUUCUAAAUAAUGCCAUAUGUUUUUUGAAAAAUAGUCAACUUCGUGGCAAAAAAGGGAAGAAUGAUGUAGGAUGCAAACCUGGUAUUCCAACUGAUUAUAGGCUACUAAAGCCAACGACUUACCGCUGCGCCAUGGAGUUUUGCUGAAAAAGUGGAGAAAAAAACCCGUCUAUCUGAUCAAUUAUUGCUUCCCAGCAGAUAAUGAAGCUCUGAGUAAUGAAUUGUUUUUUGGCAGAAUUUGGUGACCGCACUGAAGCCCUCAGAAAGCCUCGGUUUCCAAUCACUAAUAAACACCAGAGCUGCAGUUACACAACCUGACUACAGAAACCCUCAACUCUGAGAUAAAGCCAUUCUGAAAAACCAAAACCAUCCAAUUCUGCACUCAGGUAAUUUCUUCCUGCCAAAAGUCUCUGACUUGAACAAACCAAGGGACAACCUGUAACCUCUCUGAUUCUAAACAAAGUGCCUGACUUCCUUCACGAGGCACAUGGUCACAAGCAACAAGCUCCAUCUGAUAUGUAAGCAACAAUGUGAGACUUGGAGCAACCACCACCAGGGACAAGUGAAUAUCGACCACAACUUCAGCACACUCACUUGGAACACAAUCCAUGUUCCACUAACACCUCUUUGUUCCAGCCCUAAGCACUCACUGGAGGAGCACAGUUAGCCAUAGCUGCUUCACUUUGACUUUCAGAGAACCUAAUGAGACCCAUCUCACUUCCCCUGAGCCUCAGUGUUAAUCACACCAGCAUUACCAACAGGGAAAACACUAACCAUAAUCUCCUUAACUCUUAACCUCUCUAGGCUAGGGGGUGGUAUUUUCACAUCCGGAUGAAAAGCGUGCCCAAAGUAAACUACCUGCUACUCCGGCCCAGAAGCUAGGAUAUGCAUAUUAUUAGUAGAUUUGGAUAGAAAACACUCUGAAGUUUCUAAAACUGUUUGAAUGAUGUCUGUAAGUAUAACAUAAUUUAUUUGGCAGGCGAAACCCCGAGGACAAACCAAUCAGGAUUUGUUUGUUUGUUGAGGUCACUCUUUUCAAUGGGUUCUCAAUGGGAAUCUAGAAUUCUAAGGCAGUUGCUUGCAGUUUCUAUCGCUUCCACUGGAUGUCACCAUCCAUCCACUGGAUGGUUGAUGUUUUUCCUUUGAGAAAUGAAGAAGUAUACAUAGACUUUUGAUUGUCUUUAUUAAGACAUCCUCUAAAUCAAAUUUCAGCCAGCCUGAACUGCCUGCCCGCCCGCCCGACCUCCACCAGUCUUGUCAAUAACUCACACAACACAAUUUCCUUCCCAGUUCACACCUUUUAAAAAAUGUCAUUCCCAAGGGAAAGGUUUGGAAACAAAAACAAAAUCCCACUGACCUGUUCACUGGACGUGCUACCUUGUCCCAGACCUGCUGUUUUGGACCCUCUCUACCGCACCUGCUGUCUCUAACGCUGAAUGAUCGGCUAUGAAAAGCCAACUGACAUUUACUCCUAAGGUGCUGACCUGCUGCACCCUCUACAACCACUGUGAUUAUUAUUAUCUGACCCUGCAGGUUAUCUAUGAACGUUUGAACAUCUUGGCCAUGUUCUGUUAUAAUCUCCACCCGGCACAGCCAGAAGAGGACUGGCCACUCCUCCGACCCUGGUUCCUAUCUAGGUUUCUUCCUAGGUUCUGACCUUUCUAGGGAGCCACCGUGCUUCUACACCUGCAUUGCUUGCUGUUUGGGGUUUUAGGCUGGGUUUCUGUACAGCACUUUGUGACAUCGGCUGAUGUAAAAAGGGCUUUAUGAAUACAUUUGAUUGACUUACACCUCAAAUAUACAUUAACACACAGAAACAGCAAAUCCUCCAUAUAAUUUAAUCUCAUAGGACUAAUAGUACUGUAGAGCCGUUUUAACUUGCACACAAUAUUGCUGGGUCACCCCGUCUUGUCCCUAGGGUUCCACCACCCUGCAGCACCCCAACCCAACACACCACACUCAGCUUUAGGAUCUUAAUGAAGCAUUUAUUAUUGGUUUCGGGUGUGUUAGGCUAUGGCCAGAGUGACAACCCACAGGAGAGAAGACCCCCAGGGCCAGGACUGAGCAGCCAGGGAUUGCCUAAAUGGGUAUUUCUUCUGACGUGGGUAUGUUUUUAAUACACUCCUUUCUUUAGUUUUACUGCAUUCCAUAUAAGGCAUCCAUACCUUAUGAAAGUUGCACAGUACACCCUUAAUCUUGUAAUAAAUCAAAUAUAGUGAUACAUAACUUGACAUAUAAAUUAUCAUUUUGCUACACAUCUGUUAAAUAUGUGUAUGCAACCAAUAACAUUUAUUUGAUUUAUCUGCAACAAGUUAAUUUGAUGAAAACACAUCUGUGGUGGGAAAAUGUGCAUAUUUUUUUUUAUAUUUGUAUGAAAGUCUGUCGCCAACAGGAUGGAAACCUAGCUACUGUUGUAUAAAAAAAACGGUAUGUUUGUCUAGAUGCACCAUGAUGGAUAAAAUGUAUAGUACACAGGAUGUAUAGCCUACACCGGACAGAACACCUAAAAUUACCAUAUAAUAUAUUUUUAAAAUCUAAAUCACUAAUUUACUCUACAUAGCUCAGUUUUUGUUACAAGUAAGGAGUAGGCAAAUUAGAGGUACAAAUGGCAACAAUGUUGUAAAAUGCAACAAUGUUUUAAAAAAUUACAAAACAAUAGAAUUUAGGGUCAAUGACCGGAAUGUUCGGUAGUGGAAAGACAUAGGAAGAAGAGAGAUCAUGAUACAGAAAGUGUCUAGUAAAGAAAGCCAAAGUAGGAAGCAAGGGUAUUUGGAGUGGAAAGUGGUGGAUGAGACCACACCCUAUCCGAGUAACUAAUGCAGUAGAGAAAGAGGUAGGUGAAGUUAGCUCUGUUCAUUGGAAGUGGUAGAUUGUAAAUAUGUUGUGGUAGCCAGUGUAACAGUAUAGCUUCCGUCCCUCUCCUCGACCCUUGCAGAGCAAGGCGAACAACUACUUCAAGGGUCUCAGAGCAAGUGAUGUCACCGAUCGAAACGCUAUUAGCGCGCACCACCGCUAACUAGCCAUUUCACAUCGGUUACACUCACCCCCCUUUUGACCUCCUUUUCCGCAGCAACCAGUGUAACAGCAACCCAUCAAUGUAACAGUAUAGCUUCCGUCCCGCUCCUCCCCCCUACCUGGGCUCAAACCAGGGACCCUCUGCACACAUCAACAGCCACUCUCGAAGCAUCGUUAUCCAUCAAAAGCCACGGUCCUUACAUAGCAAGGGGAACAACUACUUCAAGGUCUCAGAGCAAGUGACGUCACCGAAUGAAACGCUAUUAGCGCUCACCACCGCUAACUAGCUAGCCAUUUCACAUCGGGAAGAAGAUUAAAAGCCAUGUCCCCGGUGCUUAUGCUAGAUUGAGGGGAGUCAUCACUGGGGUCCCAAUAUCAAUGUCCACAGAUUGUAUUAAAGAAAAUGUGAUGGGGGGGGAGAGUGAUUGAGGCCAAAAGGUUGAUCAGUAGUAACGAGGGUUAAAGAAGUGAAAGCUUAUCAGUGAUGCAGAAGUUUGAGAAAGUCUUGCCAGGAAAAGUUUGGGAUUUAUUUGGUUUUGAAUUUUAUUUUCAUGGUAGUACAGAAUUGGGUUUAUCAUGAUUGAUCGUACAUUCCAGCCCAGUAGGUGGCGGCAUGCACUUUAAACGUUUGUUUGCAGACCGCCAUGAUAUCAUAGAAGAAGACGUAAACGUAGAUGUUAAGUGAACACGUGUGGGGAAAAGGGAUCCACGCUUGCCGAGAGGUCACACGUAAGUAGAAACGUUCUGCCUCAACUGUAAAUCUUCAACAUGGCUGUCAGGGCAUCUUUCGAGAAGAACAACGAAAUAGGCUGCUUCGCCAAAUUAACUAACACAUACUGCCUAGUUGCAAUUGGCGGGUCAGAGAAUUUCUACAGUGUCUUCGAAGGCGAGUUGUCCGAAACCAUCCCAGUUGUACAUGCCUCAAUAGCAGGAUGUCGGAUAAUUGGAAGAAUGUGUGUGGGGAAUCGUCAUGGGCUCCUGGUGCCCAACAACACCACGGACCAAGAGCUGCAGCACAUUAGGAAUUGUCUCCCAGACACAGUGAAGAUCCAGAGGGUAGAGGAGAGGCUCUCAGCACUGGGGAAUGUCAUUGCCUGUAAUGACUAUGUGGCCCUGGUGCAUCCUGACUUGGACAGGGAGACAGAGGAGAUCCUGGCAGACAGUCUGAAGGUGGAGGUGUUUCGUCAGACAGUAGCAGAGCAAGUUCUAGUGGGGAGCUACUGUGCCUUCAGCAAUCAGGGGGGACUGGUACACCCAAAGACCUCCAUAGAAGACCAGGAUGAGCUCUCCUCCCUACUCCAAGUGCCUCUGGUGGCAGGAACGGUAAACCGUGGUAGCGAGGUCAUCGCUGCGGGCAUGGUGGUAAACGACUGGUGUGCCUUCACUGGGCUGGACACCACCAGCACAGAGCUGUCUGUCAUCGAGAGUGUGUUCAGACUGAGCGAGUCUCAGCCUAGCGCCAUCGCUACCACAAUGAGAGACUCUCUAAUUGACAGCCUCACAUAAGAUGCCAUUCUACCAUUAAAGGUGUGAGGCACCUCUGUGGGAAAACUGCUGCAGAAUGCAAGAAGCUGGACAUUUCUCCCAUGACUGUCAUUUGAUAUGGUUAAAACCUUCAAUGUUUAUUGGAAUUUUGUAUGGUGUAUCAAUGCUAGACUUCAUAAUUCCUUAAAUCUACUUAUGUUCUGGCAAUAUUAAAUCAAGAUUUUACUGUAAACUGUGACAAUGUUAGUUUUAAUGUUCCAUAUGUGAAGUGGGAUAUGUACAUUACAAGUGUUUCUGCCAAUUGCAUUACAGUAAAGCCAUGCAUGGCAAACAGUUGAUGUGGGGAUUUUUGGAAUGUACAAUAAAUGGAUUACCCUUUAA